AACAAAUAGAAUGUCGACAUAUUGUGACUUUUUAACCUCUCCCCCACUCUCUCAAUGAAACAAGUUGACAUUUUGCACACUCAUCACACAAAAUCUAAACUCAAACACAAACCUUGAGUAUUUUCUAUUACCAUGAUGUUCUUAUAAUCUAACAAUCUAGAAGCUACUUUAUAAACCAGCAUGAUUCAUGUUGUCACUAAAAGCCAGGAAUAUGCUUCUUUGCAUUUAUUCUACAACAACUAAUUGUAGCAGUCUUAAAUAAAGGUCCGCGAAUGUGAUUGGAGCUGCAAUGCGACCAUAAUUGAGUCUGCAUCGGCCGAAUUUCACUGCAAUUCUCCGAAUAUCAAAAAUUUAUAUACAGACGCAACCGCUAAUUAAAACCAGAUAUGUUCUUCUGUUGAAAGUUUGAAGCUAAGAUUCAUUCAAGCUAUGAAAGAAAAUAUGGAUGAUGGAAAUUCCGAGGUUUCUGAUAAACUUUCAGAUAAUAAUCUAUUUUCAACUCCCGAAUCUAUGAAAACAGAUACUGAAUUACCUAAGGGCACUACCAAAACAUGCACUCACACUCACACUUGUAAUCCACCUGGUUUCGAUUUUGACGAUUCUAUUCAUACGCACACGUGUUUUCACACGCACACUCAUGUUUUUGCUUCCGAAGACGACACGAAUUCGAGACCAAAAAGGACUUCUUGUAAUAGAGACGCUGUUAAGAAGUAUAGGGAGAAGAAGAAGGCGCAGACGGCUUAUUUGGAGGAAGAAGUUAAGAAGUUGAAACUUAUUAAUCAACAACUUAUGAGGAGAUUACAAGGGCAGGCGGUACUUGAAGCGGAAUUGUUAAGGUUGAGGAACACUUUGGUUCAACUUAAGGGAAAAGUUGACUGUGAAUUAGGUUCUUUCCCUUUUCAAAAGAAGUGUUUCUCUUCUAGUGUUUAUAAAGGAGAUGCUAAUUUGGUUUCGGCUUCUCAGGGAGUUGAUCUUGAGUUAUGUAGCAACGAUACUUCUGAUUGAAGGAUGGUCGUCGUCAUCUAAGGUUAACACGUGUGCAUGUGCAAACGACAUGACUAGUACUGAAGAAAAGACUAUGGACGCGUCGGAUAAUUUCAUGUCAUCUGCAUAUCAAAUUGGAUAACUAUACACAUAUAUAUCUUUUGUGAGUUUUUGAUCGGUUGUUAUAUAUCUGUAUCGUUGGCCCUUUGAAUUGAAAGUGUGUCUAGUAUUCGACUCAUGUCAUAUCUAUACCGACAUGUUUUUCAUUACUUGGUGAUUAUACUUUGAAUUGAAAGUGUGUCUAGUAUUCGACUCAUGUCAUAUCUAUACCGACAUGUUUUUCAUUACUUGGUGAUUAUAUAUCAGUGUCGUGUCAGGUGUCUGUGUGCCACUUGUGACACUGUUGUAGAGGUAAUAUAAGAUACAUAUAAUUACUUUCACUGUAAAAAACAUGUUAGAUAACUCAUACAUAACCUUACGUAAUGAAGUUUGAUUUCUACUAUAAUGUAUAGAGUAUGUAUACAAAGGAUGAGUUUUUUUUUUUUGUUUAUGAAAUUUGUACAGUAUACUAGAAUGUAAGAAGUGUUUUGCUUUUAGCUGAAUGAACAAAGUUCCUUGUAUGCUAAGUGUGUCCUAGUGAAGUCCAUGUUGUAUUGCACACAUGUUUCUUAUCAUAUCA